AUGACAGAAACCCCAAGCCUGGUGGCCCUCCCGGACGGUCACAAAGCCAUCCAGACUGAUGCCGAUAUCAUCGCCCAAUUGACCUCGCCGCCACCCGUAUCAGCCUCGGAUAAAAAUGUGUGGGCAUUCUGGCAUGCCGGCUUCAGCAGCAUGCGACCGUGGACGCAGCGAAACGUCAUCGGUUGGGUUCGUCGACUGGGCCCCGAAUGGACUGUCCGAGUGCUGGACCAGAUCCCCGGCUCUUCCGCGAAUGUGUACCAGUUCCUCGAAGCCUCCGACCUCCCCAAUGCCGUCAACGAGGGCACCAUGACGGGCCACAGUGUCGGGCCUCAUACAGCCGAUCUCAUCCGUCUCCCCCUUCUCUAUCGCUACGGCGGCGUCUGGAUGGACGUGGGCACCACCCUCCUACGCCACCUGGACACCAUCUGCUGGAACGUCCUUGCAGACCCAGCCACUCCUUACGAGAUCUGCGGCUUCAAUUUAGACGUCCGUCCAGGCAUCACGGUGAUGAUGAACUCGUUCAUCGCAUCCAGACGACGAAACGGAUUCAUCCGCCGAUGGCACGCCAUCUACCUAGCGCUUUGGAAGGGCGUGGUCACCUGCAAUGGCUUCCACAAACAUCCCCUACUAGCCCAUCUCCCCCUUCUACACCCACCCGUUGACAAAAUCCGUGAUCCAGACCGCCAGGGCGCGAUGGGACGAGUGACGGACUAUAUCGCCCAGAUCCAGUGCUUCGAGCGGUUACGGAAACUAGUCGAUCCGUCUGACGCGUUCAAUGGUCCUAGAUACUAUCAUGAGAAGAUGUAUCUCUUCCCAGCGUUGCAGGAAAUGUACCAUCUCCAAAUGCGCACCGGGUGGAAUGGAAGCGAGCAGUUCCGACUCUUGAGUCUUCGGCGAGAUGGGGAUGGGGUGAUUCGGGAUGAGCUAUACCUCCGCGCGGAGGACUUUGUGGAUGAUAUGUUGGCUAAUUCGGCUUUGAUGAAGUUGUCCCAUGGGCCUCCGGGGGAAUUGGAUACUUUGGCGGAUCUGUGGGAUCAGCCUCGGUAUGAGGAUCGUGAUAUUCAGCAGGGGACGUUUGCAGAAUAUAUCCGGUCCGCCAGUGUGCAUUAUAAUCAAACAAGGGAAAUGGUUCCUUUGGUGUUGAAGUUAGAGAGUGAGGGUGUUCUGCAUGCUGGAGUAGUAGAGGUCAUGAGAUCAUCACAGUCUAAAAGCAAGCAGCAUGAUGAUUGUGAAAAUUACUCAGAUUGGGCAGUUGAUGGUGAGAAGCUAUGA